GGCUGCUGACGGGCACGUGGUUCGUCGAUGAUGGCGGCCGAUCCGGAGCGAGAGUGGAGCGAUGAGCAGCUCAAGAGUGAAGAAGUCCCGAAGAAACAUGUGAUCAAAUUCAUCCAGGACAACGCAGCGCACUCGUUUCUAGUGGAGCACAAGCUUCUUGGAAGCAUCAAGAAUGUGGCGAAGACAGUGAAGAAGGAGCAGCUGGUGGAGGCCUAUCAGCAGCUGUUUGAGAGCAAGAGGUUCAAGGGCUCAGAAGAGGACAGUGUGACGGAGCAGGUUCAAGCUGUUAAAAUUAGUGACGCUCCCAAAGAAACCAAGACGGAGCCGGAGGAUGAGGGGCCUCCGAAGUUCACUAAGAGCAUCCUGAAGAAAGGAGACAAGACCAACUUCCCCCGGAAAGGAGACACUGUGAGCUGCUGGUAUACAGGAACACUGGAGGACGGAAGUGUGUUCGACAGCAACAUCCCCGCCACUGCAAAAAAGAAGAAACAGAGCAAGCCGCUGAGUUUUAAGGUGGGGAUGGGGAAAGUCAUCCGAGGGUGGGAUGAAGGUCUGCUGACGAUGAGUAAAGGCGAGACGGCUCGGCUGGAGAUCGAGUCUGAAUGGGCGUACGGGAAGAAAGGUCUUCCAGACUCCAAAAUCCCGCCGAACGCCAAGCUGAUCUUCGAGGUGGAGCUCGUCUCCAUCGACUGAGCGCUCGGGGAACGACGAGACCUUCAGUGAAACCUUCUUCAGUCUGGCAGAGAUUUCUCUUUCUAUUUUUGCAUGAUUGUAAAAAUUACAAUAAAAACCAACCCUGAGUAA